AUAAAAUACUAGCUUUUUCUUAGCUAUAAUCAUAGAAACAUGGAUGAGUUAAAGCCCUCAGUAACAAAUUCAACUCCUCUGACACCUCUAUCUUUCUUGGAAAGAUCAGCUCUUGUUUAUGGUGAUUGUCCCUCAAUCAUCUACAACAACACCACCUACACUUGGUCUCAAACUAACCAAAGAUGUCUUCAAGCAGCCUCUUCCAUCUCCGUCCUCGGAAUCGGAAGAAAACACGUCGUAUCGGUAGUGGCACCGAAUGUACCCGCUGCCUAUGAGCUGCACUUCGCAGUCCCUAUGGCAGGAGCCAUACUUAAUAAUAUCAAUACUCGACUCAAUCCCGCCACGAUCUCGGUGAUCCUUCAUCACAGUGAAUCAAAACUAGUCUUUGUCUAUCACAAACUAAGCUCUUUAGUUCUUGAAGCACUGUCCCUCCUUCCACCCAACCACCCCUGCCCUCGCCUCAUCCUCAUCUCGGACGAGGACAAUAAUACACCAACCCCACGUGAAUUUUGUGCCUUAUAUGAGGAGUUAAUUGCGAGGGGAGAUGCUACGUUCAAGUGGAUUUCACCCUUGAGCGAAUGGGACCCGAUUGUACUGAACUAUACAUCGGGGACAACAUCUUCGCCCAAGGGUGUAGUCCAUUGUCAUCGAGGGUCUUAUAUCUCGGCCCUCGACUCGUUGAUGGAUUGGUGUGUACCAAAGCAACCAGUCUACCUAUGGACCUUACCGAUGUUUCAUUCGAAUGGAUGGUCCUUCACUUGGGGGAUGGCGGCUGUAGGCGCAACUAAUAUCUGCUUGGAACGAUUCGAUGGUGCUAAAAUUUUUGAUCUCAUAAACCAACAUAAUGUGACUCACAUGUGUGCUGCUCCCGUGGUGUUAAACAUGCUUAUUAAUUGUUCAAGGCGAACCGUUACACAAACCCUCCGGAACCCAGUGCACAUUCUAACUGCUGGGUCUCCUCCACCGGCCUCGGUAAUCUUUGAAGCUGAAUCACUUGGGUUUGUUGUUGCACAUGGUUAUGGAUUGACCGAAACCAUUGGAGUAGCUGUUUCUUGUGCGUGGAAGCUCAAAUGGAGUGAACUUCCAGCUAUUGAGAGAGCGAAAUUGAGAGCUCGACAAGGGGUUCGUACCCUUGGGAUGGCAGCUUUAGACAUAAUUGAUCCAUCCACCAACAAACCAGUGAAUCGAGACGGAGAAACUGUUGGGGAAGUUGUUAUGCGAGGGAGUUCAAUUAUGCUUGGCUACCUCAAAAACUCUCAAGGGACUUUGAAGUGCAUGGGAGAGGACGGGUGGUUUAGGACCGGCGAUCUUGGUGUGAUCCACCCCGAUGGGUACAUCGAGAUCAAGGAUCGAUCCAAGGAUAUAAUUAUAAGUGGAGGUGAGAAUAUAAGUAGUGUUGAGAUCGAGUCAGUGCUAUAUACUUUUCCGGGGGUUCAUGAAGCUGCAGUAGUGGCGCAACCACAUGAGUUUUGGGGGGAGACCGUUUGUACUUUUAUAUGCUUAAAAGCCGAAAACGGUCAGGUGGAGGCGAGUGAGAAGGAGAUUAUUGACUAUUGUCGGGCAAGAUUGCCUCAUUACAUGGUACCUAAACGGGUUGUUUUUAUUAAUGAGCUCCCCACCACAUCAACAGGAAAAAUUCAAAAGUUUGUGUUAAGAGAAAUGGCCAAAGCAAUGGUAAUGAGUGCAACACAAAAACCAAGCCGUUUAUAAGUUAGUAACCUACAUUCUUAAGGUUAAGUUGAAGACCUUGUAUUGCAAAAGAUCGAGUGAAAUCUUUGGCAAUGCAUCUAUGUUUAAUUAAAGGUUCAAAUAUUUAAUUAUUAAUUCCUAUAUUCUAGUUGCACUAGGAAUAAACGUACGUUAGUGACUACUUGAUAAUUAUUUUAUUUAUUUAUUUAUUUUUAAUAUGUAGUUGUGAUUUUAAAGCGUAGUGGGUCCAUGCUUGUAAUCUACCAUUGUUUAAUGAAAUAUCAUU